UUGGCGUUGGGAGAACGCUACGCCUUGUGUGUGGUGUUAAACAAUGGACUAUUGCAGGAUAAACUGCUACUGUUGCUUGGAUUUUUCGCCACAAAACGUCAAAGAAACUGUUUCCCAAGUGAGGAAGAAAAAUGGAUAUUGUCACGCAGCCUAAAGUUCAGCCAGAACUUGUUUGUGUACGCUACACGUGUCGAGUUCGUUGAUAACAGCAACAGAUAUGGAACCGGAGCUGGUGGCCUUGUUGUCAACGGCCCCUAUCUCAGUGACUGCUGGCGAGUUCGAAAAUGCUUCCUCUUCCUGCUCCGAACUCACUUUUCUGCGUCAGCAAAUUAGCCAGAAGUGGCCUCCUUCUGGGAAGACGGUGAAUCCAGUGCUUCAGCCAUACUUCAAAAUUAGGCAUGAACUGAGUGUGAAAGACAACUUGGUGUUUCGAGGGUCACGCCUAGUUGUGCCUGUCUCCUUGCGCAGCACGCUCAUUUCCCUGGCACAUGAAGGUCAUCAAGGCAUUGUGCGGACAAAACGGAGACUGCGCGAGCUUUACUGGUUCCCAGGCAUGGACGCACUGGUUCGUUCUGAGAUUUGUGCCUGUUCACUGUGUCAAAGAUCAGACAAGUCAGCAAGAGUUUUUGAGGCACCGUUGCAGCCUGUGCCUUUACCUGAGGGCCCAUGGCGUAAGCUGGGAAUAGAUAUUGUUGGACCAUUUGAAACUGCAACAUGGGACUGCAAGUUUGCAAUCACCCUCACUGAUUAUUACUCAAAGUGGCCAGAAGUUGCUUUUGCAUCAUCUGUUACUACUGAGACAGUGCUUGGAUUUCUCAGAAGUCUCUUCAGCCGCUACGGUAACCCAGAAUCUGUGGUCACGGAUAAUGGGCCACAAUUUAAAGACCGGGGAAUCACGCUUAUCCAUUCGUCUGUGUACCAUCCCUCCUCCAAUGGUGCCAUAGAGCGAUUCAACAGAGUCUUUAAAGGCUGUAUCCAAGCUGCAAUCCUCCAGAAUAAGCCGUGGAAACUUGCAACAACUGAGUUCCUUCAGGCAUAUCGUGCCACACCUCAUGCCAUGACCGACGCAUCGCCAUUUGAACUCAUGCAUGGCCGAAAAAUGAGAACUAAGCUCAAUGUUCUCGCCCCUCCGGCUACGACAGCUCAUGACGGUGACGUGCGUCACAGAGUUUCCCUUCACCAAGCUCACAUGAAACAGUACUGUGAUGCAAGACGGGGAGCACACACUCCUGUUUUCAAAGAAGGGGAUAGAGUGAGUGCGAAAACCAGUGCAUGUUCCAAAGGGACAUCAGAAAUUCUCUGCACCCAUCAAGAUUAAGAGGCAAGUGGGUCCUAGCACCUACAUCUUAGAUGAUGGUAAAACUUGGCAUGCUUCCCAUCUGGCAUGUGUACCCGUCAGGCUUCCAGAGGUUCUUGCUCAGCCAAAGACUGGUCCUGACAAUCCAGCUGAGCCAGGAAAUUACCAAGAAGCAAGAGACCGUCCUGCCAGAGCACAUAGGCCACCAGGUUGGCUCAAGGAUUAUGAGACAUAAAGAAUUGACAUUAAAUGUUUGGACUGUGAUACUUGGUUCAAGGAAUUGCCUUUAAGUCAUAGUAGACAUCUUUUGGUCAGUCCUUCAAUGCCAAUAUAUCUUUAUUAGAACUGGUAUAGCAGCCUAGUGUUAAAUAAUUGCUCAGGUUAUUAGAACAGUUCGUGUUGCAACUUAUAUUUUGAUUUUGCCUUGGGUAUUGAAACCUUAUAGCUAAAAGAUUUUGGUUCUUAAUUCCGUCCGUGAGAGGAAGACAAGUUGUUAAGUAAGGGGGGGAUGUUGUGUUUACCUACCAUGCAUAUUCCAGAUUACACCACUAGGUGGUGCUGUGAGUAAUUUGACCUUAGUUGUUAGACAGGAAGUACUGUAGUUGUCAGACAGGAAGUCCGUUUGUUGUUGUUCCUGCUACCUGUUUUGUGAGUGUUCACUGUGCGAUGCUGGUUGGAUUAAAACAUCCAUAACCAUCCUACCUGAUCUGUGAUUCUUGGGCAUCCAAA